AACUCUCACUUCCUGAUGGUUCUUUCCAUUGCACAGUUAUUCACACUAUGUUUUGAAACCAUUUUGUUUGCUUUCUACUCCGUCUGACGCCUUCGGCCAUGGCGCUACCACAGCAGCUACGUUCUGAGAGUGACUUUGACCAGCUGCCUAAUAAUGUCCCCAUCAGUGCCACCAUUGCGGAUAUUGAGGAAAAGAAAGGCUUCAUUGACUAUUUUAGAUUUGUCAUUGAGGUGAAAACCAAAGGAUGGAGCAAGUAUCUGAUCUACAGGCGCUACCGUGAGUUUUUCAGCCUGCACCAGAUCCUGGAGUCCAGAUAUUCUCCGGAGGACCCAGACAAACCUGGUCCCAACACCUGCAUGUUGCCCUCACUUCCAGGUAAAGUGUUCAUCGGCAACAAGCGGGAGAUCGCGGAGAGCCGAAUUCCCGAGCUAAACGCGUACAUGAAGAGGCUUUUGAGUCUGCCGACGUGGUUGCUGCUGGACGAGGUUCUCAGGAUGUUCUUCUACCAGACUGAGGAGGACAGCCAACACCAGCCUCGAGCUCUCAGACGUCUGCGACCCCCUACCCGGAGAGUGAAGACAGUCAAACCCAAGACGGACCUCUUCUCCUCUCCCAGGGCUGAGGCCAUCUUUGACUUUUGUAGCAGCAGCAAGGCGGAGUUGAACCUGAAGAGAGGAGACUUGAUCUUCCUGCUGCAUCGAGUCAAUACCGACUGGCUGGAGGGCACGGUCAACGACCAGACUGGCAUUUUUCCAGAAUCCUUUGUGAAGAUCAUCAAGCCCCUCCCGGAGAGUGAGUCGGAGGGCGAAGGAGAAGGCCACACCUACAGCUGCCUGCGAUGCUGCCUGCUCACUCCCUCUGGAAUCCAAACCAGAGACGUGUGCGUUCAAGAGGACCUCAACAUCCAGCCAACACACAAGGAACUGAUGUCUCGCAUGAGGGAUGUGUUCAAGGUGGAUGACAUCGCGCUGAACUACCGCGAUUACGAGGGUGACCUCAUCCGUGUGCUGGACGACAAGGACGUGCUGCUGAUGAUCAAGGAGAGCCGAGGUCAGGCAGAGGGGGCGGUCCGGAGGCCUGUCAAUCAGUUUCCGUGGGAACUGCUCGUGACCAUGGCCUCGGACCUCUCCGUUUACAAUGUGGAAGGAUGACACGGCAGGUUUUGCGUUGUUGUUUUUUCAUUACAAUUCUUAAGUCAGGACGGUAAACUAAAGCCUAAAGUCCGAUCAUUUCACUUCGAUUCAUUUCACUCAUUUUUGAUUACUCACCCCUCUCAUGCAUAGUGGUCACAACAGUGGACAGUUGUUCUAAGGCUAUUUUCUUCUACAUGCAGGAACAAGGGCGGUGACAGGGAUUUUGGACCCCUAUGAAAAAAAAUCAUACUGGGCACCCCCAUGGAAAAUUUGUAUGCUGUUUUACAUAAAACUAUUGAUUAAUGAUAUUUUUUACUAUUCCCAUACAGCGGCUGAAAUAAGUAUUUAACAAGUCACAAUUUUUCUCACUAAAUAUAUUUCCAAAGGUGCUAUUGACAUGAAAAUUUCACCAGAUGUUAAUAAGCCAAGUAAUCCAUACAUACGAAGAAAAUAGAACAAAUAAGAUCAGAAAUUAAGUUGUGUGUAAUAAUGUGAAAUGACACAGGGAAAAUGUAUUGAACACAUGAAGAAAGGGAGGUGCAAAGAAGCAUGGAAAGCCAAGACAACACCUAAAAUCUAUCAAUAAUCAAACAGCAAUCCAGCCCCUUAUCAGUAAAAAUGAAUAUCAGCUGGUUCAGUCCGAAUUGAUGGCCUACAAAAGGUCUCAUUGCCAAGCUGUGAGUCAAGACACAAAAUGGAACUGUUUGGAUGCCGUAAUGCACACCGAAUUUGGAGGAGAAGUCGCAGUGCACAUCAACCUAAAAACACCAUACCAACAGUGAAGUUCGGCGGUGGGAACAUGAUGGUGUUGGGCUGCUUUUCAGGAAAUGGUACUGGUAAACUUCACAUUAUUGAAGGAAGGACUAAUGGGCAAAUGUAAGGAGACAUUCUUGACAAAAGUCUGCUGCCAUCUAUGAGGAUGAUGAAAAUGAAGCGAGGGUGGACAUUUUAUCAGGAUAAUGAUCCAAAACAUACUGCCAAGGAAACUCUCAAUUGGUUUCAAAGAAAAAAAUAAAUCUGCUAGAAUGGCCCAGCCAGUCACCUGACUUGAAUCCAAUUGAAAAUCUAUGGAAAGAACUGAAAGUCAAGAUCCAUAAAAGAAGCCCACCGAACCCUCAAGAUUGAAGACUGCUUGGGUGGAGGAAUGGGCCAAAAUCACACCAGAGACUAGUUUGACUAGCAUGUGACUAGUUUCUCCAUACAGGAGAUGUCUUGAAGCUGUCAAACAAAGACGUUUGUACAAAGUAUUAAAUAAAUACCAGUUGGCGUGUUCAAUACUUUUUGACUUUUACUGUAUCAUUUCACAUUAUUACACACAACUUAAUUUCUGAGCUUAUUUGUUCUACUUUCUUUGUAUGUAUGGGUACUUGGGUUGUUCCCAACAUCUGGUGAAAUUUUCAUGUCAAUAGCACCUUUGAAAAUAUAUGUAGUGAGAAAAAUGGUGAGAUGUUAAAUACAUUUUUCAGCCACUGUAUAUGUGAACAGAACCAUACUAGAUACACGCAAUAAAAGUACUUUUUGGUCCUACUGCAAAGCGGAAGCUGAGAGUUCCAAUCUGAAGACCAAACAUUUUAUUUAAGAGAUAGUGAAUGUUUUUCAAACUAUUAAAAUCGUUCGGAAAUAAAUACAGACAAAAACAGGUUUUGAAUAAUAGUUGACUGUGGUGACUGAUGCACAACUUCAGUCCCGCACAUAGAAUAAACCAACGUUUGAAUAACUGUUCACUGUAAUGACUGAUGUGCAACUUUAAUAUCCAGACAUCUGCAUGUCGAAUAAAACAGCUUUUGAAUCGCUGUCUACUAUAAUGUCGUUAUUGGAAUGUUGAAAUACAUGAACACAUUUGUUUAAAAAUAUUGAAAACAUUAUAGUUUUCACAUGAUCUUAUUUUAUUAAUUGUUUUGUUUAAAAACGGAUGCAUGUUUCCGAGUUUUUUUUUUUUUUUUUCAUUCUUAGAGUAAUUAAAAAUAUAUAUAUAAUUACGUGGGAGGUUGUAUUUUAUGAACGAAAUAAUUAAUAAUCUUGGUGUUGCAUUGCAUUAUUACAGUUUUGUGUUACCUAAAUAUUCCCACACACAUUAAUAUUUCAAAGUUGGCAUCCGAGGCGAAAUCCAUUUUGCAUUGCAUCAAUCCGAUGUUAGAAAAGGGUGAAAAAAAGACUGAAGUUUUUAUUAGUUGAUUUGUGCAUUUGAAUGUAAUGGGGUGUACUUCUGAGCCUUGGGCUGUGCUAAUUUUUGCUAGCCUGAUGACGUUCUCACAAUAAAGAUUCAAUUUUGA